AGUCUCGUACGACGAAGAAGGAGAACAAGUAAAAUCCUCGACAGCACGUCUAUUAUGUUCAUCUCUUUCUGGUGCAUAUGGCGUAUCCUGCUUUCCUGAAAUUCUUGUUCGCAGCUGUUGUUUGGUGUACUGCAUAUGCUGCUGUGGCAGUUCUUGGGUCACUUCAAUUUUUCAAUUUUCUCCGCACCUCUAUAGUUUACUGAUAGGGCAAUUUGGAGAGCUAUCAUGGGUUAUGCACAGCUAGUUAUUGAUCCUGCCGGAAGUGGAAAGUCAACUUGCUGUUCUAGCUUGUACCAACAUUGUGUUACCGUUGGAUGGACAAUCCACAUCGUGAAUCUAGAUCCAGCAGCAGAAAGUUUCAACUAUCCUGUGGCGAUGGAUGUAAGGGAACUCAUUUCUUUGGACGAUGUUAUGGAAGAACUUGGUUUAGGUCCAAAUGGUGGUCUUAUUUACUGCAUGGAACACCUUGAAGAAAAUUUGGAUGAUUGGUUUGCAGAAGAAUUAGACAAUUACUUGGAUGAUGACUACCUGGAUUUUGACUGCCCAGGCCAGAUAGAACUCUUUUCACAUGUUACAGUGAUUCGAAACUUUGUGGACCAUUUGAGACGAAAGAACUUCAAUGUUUGUGGUGUGUACUUGCUUGAUUCACAGUUCAUGACGGAUGUGGCCAAAUUCAUUAGUGGAUGCAUGUCAUCACUUUCGGCUAUGGUUCAGCUUGAAGUGCCUCAUGUCAAUAUUCUCUCCAAAAUGGACCUUGUUACAAAUAAGAAGGAUAUUGACGACUACCUAAAUCCAGAACUGUGGUUUCUGCUAUCAGAGUUGAAUUAACAGAUGGCUCCUCAGUUUGAAAAGCUAAAUAAGAUUUUGAUUGAAUCAGUGAUUGAUGAAUAUAGCAUGGUCAGCUUUGUGCCUCUGGACUUGAGAAAGGAAAACAGUGUACAGUAUGUAUUGUCACAGAUUGACAACUGCAUACAGUGGGGAGAGGAUGCUGAUGUGAAGGUGAGGGAUUUUAACUCAGAGGAUGACGACUGAUGUCUUUUUGAUCCUGUGGUGGCUGCAUAAUUUAGUUGGGCUUGAAGUUGAUGAGGCCAUCCCAGGAAGAUACCGUUAAGACAAACAGCUUAUGCAUUUCCUCAGCUUUAUGGGAUUUUUUUGGUGAAAUGAAGAGUUCUAGCUGACCUAUAUAUGUCUCCUUCAUGGACUUGCUAGCGAAAAUGUAAUGAAUCUAUGUUAUAAUUGUGAUUGACCUCAUUUUGUACAUUGUCCAUGCUAUACAUAGACUGUUGCCAUCAUUGGCAUCUAAUAUAAAGAUAUAAUCAAUAUGGUUAAG